CUCGCAACACCUGCAGCCUCCGGUCCUAGCGCCCCCUGCAGCGUCAUAAUGAUUGCCAAAAUCCUCGACGACGUUCCGGAGCCGGUCGUCCUCCACGAGGACCUGAAGACUACCUUUACCGGCGUCGUUCACCAAGUCUCCACCCCCGAUGCUCCCGUGCAUCAGUAUCGCGGGAUCAAAUACGCGACGAUACCUGCCCGCUUCCGCCAGUCUAAUCUCCUCACGCGCUAUCCGCCUGUGACUGAUUGCUCGCGACACGGCCCUAUAUGCCCACAACCAAGUUUCAAGAGCGUCGAAGAGGAGCUGUUCAAUCUCACCGAGGACUGCAUUCCCAACCAGGCGCUCGAGCAGUCAGAGUUCGAAUGCCUCAACCUCGACAUCACAUGCCCCGCGAACGUUACACCCGACUCGUAUCUGCCAGUCAUGCUCUGGAUCCACGGGGGUGGGAACCGGGGCUCCGGCGCGAACUGGGUCACCGACGCUGGUCCGAUUGUCCAGAAGAGCAUCCAGGUUGGCAAGCCCGUCGUCGUCGUAUCCAUAAAUUUCCGCUUGGGUCUGCUUGGCUUCGCCGCCAGCGCAGCUCUGCGCGAGGACAACGUAGCCGCAGGUGACGAGGGUGUGGGCAAUUACGGUCUUCGGGACCAAAGAAGAGCGAUGGAGUGGGUGCACCGCUUCAUUCAGCCCUUCGGCGGCAAUCCCAACAACGUCACACUCUUCGGCGAAUCGACGGGUGCAGGCGACAUCCUAUGCCACCUGCACUCCGCCGCGAACGAGGUCGCCCCGCUGUUCCAUCGCUCCAUCAUCCAGAGCGCGAUAAUUGAUCUGGAAGUGCCCACUGUCCACUCUGCGGGCUGGGAGCUCGGGAAGAUGCUGUCGACCUUCCGUGUACAAACCGUGGACCAGAUGCGCCAUAUUCCGGUGGACAAGCUUGUGUUACUUGGCCAGAACGUCCGCGCCGUGGACGAUGGCGUUUUCUUCCGCCGGGGCUGGACUGGAUCUCUUGUCUCGGAACCUGAGGAUGACUCUUCAGCGGCACACCAUGAGCACCACUCGGAAGCGCAUCUCGUCUUGGGACUCAACGGGCUCUCGCAUCACCUGAAGGUCGUUCACCACCACACGGACUCCCGUUCCCACUCACACACGAGGACGCCACAUCCUUUCCAUAUCCGCCAACCGCUCAUCAUUGGCGACUGCGGCGCGGAAUCCUUGCUCUGGUCUCUUCCGGCAUCGCUGUGGACAGCUGCGGGCGUCGUGAAGAGGAUACGCGCCAUCUGCCAGUCGCUCACCAAGGCAAACACCAUCCUGCGCUCAUAUGACAUCAAUGCCGCUACACCUGCAGACGAGCUCCCCGACCGCCUCUUGGAGCUAAUCAACGACACACGGUUCGCUUGGCCAACGGAGAUGCUCGCGUCAAGUCUACGCUCGGCGCGUGGUGGACACGGCGUCUGGCGCUACGUGUUCGACCAGGAAGGUCCUUCGCGCGGCGUGCCACACCACGCGGUCGACCUCAUGUACCUCUUCGACAACGUGCCCUUGCCUUCACUCUCGUCACCCUCGUUCUACGACUGCGACCUUGUACCUGACGAGAACGGCUGCUACUAUUCCUCGGACGACGACUCGGAUGACGAGUGCAUGAUCACCAAGUGUACGUCAAGAGAAGACGGCGCCCGGUACGACUACGAUGCGGACUGGGCAAUGCCGGUUGUCGACGACUGGACGUACUCGCGCGUGCGGAACACCAUCCAGGAGCGAUGGCUUGCCUUCGCGUAUGGAGAGGCGCCUUGGCGGGAAGACAAGGUGUACGUCUUCGGGCCCGAAGGGGAGACCGGCGAGCGGAGCAUGCGCAUCUUCCAGGCGCGGCGUCGGACGCAAGUAUGGAAGGAGGCGCUCGAACCGCUCGGAACCAGCCUCGUGCAGAAGCUCGGCGUCGAGCUCUGCAAUGGGCCCCCGGCCGACUCACGCCCGCGGUGGUGAAUUUCUGUGCAGAUAGGACGGAGUGGUGGACGAUAACCCUUUAUAUACCUCGCCGCCGAUUCGUUUCUUUUCUCUUCGGGUUUCGUGCUGUUCGCGAAAACAAAACAUCGCUGCAUCUCCAUCAUUACAAUCACCAUCAUCAUCCCCUUUUAUGCGCAUCUAUGUAUUCGGGUAUUUGCAUGCUGUCGUCUCGCUUUGUGUGUCGCUACUCUACAUCCGAUGUACGAUCAUUUCUCGUGUUGUCCCUCGCAUGUUGUACGCACUACUCGCCUUGCAUUUACUGGCGUAAUCGCAUACACAUCGA